GUCAGCGGUAGCAUCACCGGGGUGGGGGUGGACGUGGCAAAGAUGGAGCAGAUUUGUACCAUGCCUGAGCUCUCUGAACUGCCUCCGACCUACGGCGUGGUGCCCGAUCAUCCCGAAGAACUGACUGAGCUUCUCGAAACCGAACUUGAUCAGUGGGGAAUGGACAUUUUCAAAGUGGCCGACUACACAGCCUAUCCCCUCACCAUGUUGGCCAUACCGCGACGUGGAUUAAUUAACAAAUUCCAAAUUCCCCACUGGAAUCUCAUUCGUUGUCUGCAGGCGGUUGAAUGUCACUACAGUACUACCACUCCCUACCACAACAAGAUCCAUGCUGCUGACGUCGUCCAAUCGACGCACGUCCUCCUACAAGCGCCCGCCCUUGACUCCGUGUUUAGCGACGCGGAGCUCCUCGCUGUGCUCUUCGCCUGUGCAGUGCAUGACGUCAAUCACCCAGGAGUCACAAACCAGUACCUUGUUAACACAAAUGAUGCGCUGGCCAUCCUCUACAACGAUUCCUCCGUCCUCGAGAACUACCACCUGGCGGUAGCCUUCAACCUCCUCACCUACCCUGGCUGCGACCUUUUGGUUAACUUCACCCGUAAACAACGCCUCACCUUCCGGCGUAUGGUUAUUGACAUGGUAAGAAUCCGUGUUUGCCUCUGUGUUCCCUCUUUCCUCCUGCUUCGUCUGGAUUAG